AUCACUCUUGAUCAUUUAACCAGAGAGGAAGAUGGAUGCCACUCAGCAGAUUGAGGAUCCUUUCUCUGAAGAAGAAGAAGAAGAAGAGGAAGAGGAGAAAGUAGGAAGACCAGAAAGAGAACAGUUAGCUACACUGAAGGUGUUUAAAAAUGACCACAUAUCAGAGACAGAAUUCCCUCUCUACGUCGGAGAGAAUGUCUUGGGCCGUGAUCCUGCUGCCUGUUCUGUUCUUCUUCCGGCCCGAUCUGUGUCCGGUCGGCAUGCUGUCAUCUCCAUCUCGGUUUUCCGCUCUAGCAGCAGCCGCUCCGGUAAUGGUGAUGCUGUGGAAGCACUUUUAUGGGACAUGGGCAGUAUGAAUGGAACCAGAAAAGGCAGAUUCAAGCUGACGCCUCAGGUACGAUAUGCUUUGACCGAGGGAGAGAGUGUGGUGAUCGCUGAUGUGCCAUGUCAGUACAUUGGCCUGAACAUCUCGAAGAGAGAUACACACAAAACCCCAGAGAAAGCACUUUCCAAAAAGGAGGAAAAGGAUAGUUCGCCGCUAUCAAGCAGUGACUCGGAGUCAAAGUUGAGGAAAGGCGUGCAGAAUGGUUUGAAAGAGAAAGAGAGGAGUGCCUUGCCUCCUGUGCCUUUAUGGAGCCCUGAGGAUGAAGAACCCAAAAUGUGUUCACCACAGCCAGCUCACAAAAAUCCUGAGAUCACCCUGGUACCUGAAUCAGACUCCGGUUCAGAAGGAGAGAGUGAUGAGAGGAAAGAUUUUGUUUCAGACUCAGCGUCCUCCUCUUAUCUGUGUAGUUCCACAAAUUCAUCAUUCCUAACCCCUGCAAAAAAAGUCAUUCCAGAGAGUGAGGAUGAGAGCUCCAUCACUCCAUCUUCAGCCUCAAUGGACAGAUUCAGACUGAGGGAAACCUCCGGUAAACCCUGUUCUAACUCAUCUAAGCCUGGCCUGCUAGCUCUCAACUUGGACAGUGACACUGAUUUUGAAGCGGACAUGGAGAAAAGCAAGACUGAACCAGAGGUCCAGCCUGAAUUAGCUACAAACGUGGAACCAGUACCUUCAGCUGAAUUUCAUAUGGACAGUGAUACUGAUGUUGAGGAAGAGGAGCCGGAGGCAAGUAAGGCUGAACCAGAGGCUCAGGAAGCAAUAACUCUAGAGAAAUCUGUAUCUUCAGUUGGACUUCAUAUGGACAGUGAUACUGAUGUUGAAGAAGAAGAGAAAGAGAAAAGCAAAACUGGACCAAAGGCUCAGAUUGAACAAGCUCCAAAGGUGAGACCAGUACCUUCAGCUGAAUUUCAUAUGGACAGUGAUACUGAUGUUGAGGAAGAGGAGCCAGAGGCAAAUAAGGCUAAACCAGAGGCUCAAAAUGAAGUAACUCUUAAUAAAUCCGUAUCCUCAGUUGGACUUCAUAUGGACAGUGAUACAGAGGUUGAAGAAGAGGAAGAGAAAAGCAAGACUGAACAAAAGGCUCUGAUUGAAGAAGCUCCAAAGGUAAAAUCAGUACCUUCAGCAGAUCUUCAUAUGGACAGUGAUACUGAUGUUGAGGAGAAUGAGGCUCCUAUAACUGAAAAUGUCUCCAAAAAGAAAGCAGAAGUUUUAGCCGUUGCAGAAAGUACUUCAUCAGCACCACCACCUACCGAAUUCAACUUGGACAGUGACACUGAUGUUGAAGAUGAAAAUCCCAUGAAGGUUUCCAUGGUGACAGAGGUUUCACAUCCCAUUGGAGAGGGAAGUGAUGUCAGACCUACAUCAACUCCAGGGACAGAGCUCCACAUGGACAGUGACACAGAUGUAGAUGAAGAGAAUGAGGACAAGGAGAAGAUAAAGGCCAGAGAUCUUCUGUCAAACAGUGAAACAGAUGAUGAGGAUCCUUUUAAACCUGUACCAGGCAAAGCUGUGAAGGUUGCAGAGAGUCAUAAGGCUUAUGUGGGUGGCAAAGCAAUGCAGUCAGAAGAGAGCACCCAUAAAAAAACAGACCACCAUUCUCAAGCAAAGACUUGUCUUGAGGAACCAACCCAAGCUUUUGGUCACUUGGAAGACUGGGACCUACCGCCCACACAAGUAUAUGGAGCUGCUAGGGCCAGUGCUGGGUUCAAGCCAAAGCAGCUUGAUCUUGAGGCUACGCAGGCAUAUGGCACAGAGACAGACAGAGAGGAAGAACAGGAGGAGCCACUGAGCCAUACCCAACUCUACUCCAACCUCUCCACUGCUGAAACUCAGUUCAUUCCUGUAGCAAAUGUGGAGGAGGAGGAUGAAGAGACACCUAAUUACUCUCACCUUUCCACAGCAGACACUAUAAUCAUCGCCAGCACCCCAAGACGAGAAGAGCAGACACAGCCCAUUUCUCUCUUCACAGCUCAAACGCAACUCAUCUGGGAGGGAGAAGACAAAGAGUUUUAUCAGAGUGAGCCCACCCAGCUCAUGGAGGCAGAUACCAUCAAUGAAACGCAAGAGGGUGAAGAGGAGGAGAACAUUAAACAAGGCAGGAGAAUCGAUGGUGAAGGAAAAGUACACAAAAGUAAACACUCCAGCUCCUAUCUUAUCAUUGCUGAAACUCAGCCCAUGUGUGAGGAAGAAGAAGCAACAGAUGUUGAUCUGAGUGGGCACAGCUUUCAGAAACCAAGUACAAGACAACCGCCUGAGAAAUGUGAUUCUGCAUAUCUUGAUGAAAACAACUCCUGCUCCCAUGUCACCAUAGCUGAAACACAACCAAUGGGUGAUGAUGAAGAAGCACCAGAUCAGGACAAUGUGAUCAGCAGUACUCAUACAGAAAAACCUACCAGGUCCCAUAUCACCAUCGCUGAAACUCAACCAAUGUUUGAGGAAGACCAAGCACCAGAGGAUGAUCUGAACAAGGUCAGUAGAAGACAAACUGACAAAGGCGAACCCAUACAACAAACUGAAAAAGCCUCUACUUCCAGUCUUGAAAUCCCUGAAACACAACAUGUUGGUGAAGAUGAUGAAGAGCAGGAGAAAGUCCUCAACAGCAAGAUGCCUAGCAGAAGAUCACGCAGGGGUAGACCAAAAAAAGAAAAGGAAGCCUCACAACCUGCUGAGAAUGUUGUCCAUCACACUAUCACAGAAACGCAACUGAUGUGUGAGGAGGAACAAGCAUCGGAUGAAGAUCUGAAGAGUGGGAUCAACAACGCUGUACCAAGUAUAGGACAACAAACAGAUGAAUUCAGAUCUCCAGAGCUUGCUCAAACACGCUUGAAAUCCUGUGUCACUUUCGCUGAAACUCAACCUAUGUGUGAAGAAGAAGCACCAUAUGAAGAUCUGACUAAGGCAGUUAGCACAGGCCAGAUAGAUGAACACAACUCCACAGAACGCCCAAAACCCUCCAGCUCCCAUUUCAUUAUAGCUGAAACACAGCCUAUGCAUGAGGAAGAUGAAGGACAGGAGAAACACCUCAGCAGUAAAACGUCAAGCAGAAGAUCACGCAGAGGAAAACCAAAGAAAGACAAUGAGGUUCCACAAACUUCUGAGGUUGCGGUUCAUCACACUAUCACAGAAACCCAACCAGUUCCUGAGGAAGUGAUUGAAAGAGAUGAAGAUCUGAGCAGUGGAAUCAAAUCCAGGAGAUCCCGCAGGGGAAGACAGAUAAAUGAGGAUAGCGUUCCACAACCUGCUGAAGCUGCCGUCAGUUCCCUUUCCACUAUCACAGAAUCACAGCCUGUUUGUGAGGAUGGAACUGGAAGGGAUGAAAAUCUGAGUAUCAUCAGAUCCAACAGAUCUCGCAGAGGAAAAAAAGAAGAUGAAGGUGAACCAGCUCAGUCUGUUGAACCAAACUCUGAUCUCAUGGUUGUUGAAACACAGCCUAUGUGUGAGGAAAACGCUCAAGAAGAACCUAGUGGCAGAACUAGCAGGAGACAUAGGAAAGACAAGACAGAGGUGGAGAGUGAGACACCUUCAUCUGGCAAAGUCCAAGGUAAAACCAGAAAAGGGAAGGAAGGGAAAAGAAAGAGGGGGAAAGCAUUGUCUGAGGAAGAGGGAGAGAGUGAAGAGGAAAAAACUACGAGGAGAGGAACCAGAAGAACAGGUAUAAAACAUAAGUGCAGUGAAAAGGAAGAAGAGGAAAGAUUGGAUGAGAGGAAUGCACAAGCAGAGAAACAGAGGAUGGAGAAAGAACUCCAAGAACAGGAGGAGCGAGAUAGGGUAGAGAGGGAAGAAAAGGAGAGACUGGAGCGUGAGAGAAAGGAACAAGAAGAGAGGGAGAGGGCUGAAACCGAAAUGAGGCAAAAACUGGAAAGAGAGCAGCAGGAAUUAGAGGAAAAAGAACGACUGAAAAGGGAAGAGGAAAAAAUAAGAAAAGAAAAUGAGAGAAUACAGAGGGAAAAAGAGGAAAAGGAUCGUUUAGAAAGAGAAGAGAAGGAAAAGUUGGAGAGAGAGAGUAGAGAACAAGAAGAACAAAGACAAAAAGAAGAGGAAAGAAUUCAAAUGGAGAAAGAACAAAAAGAGAAGGAAAGAUUAGCGGCAGAGAGAGAACAAUUAGAAAAGGAGAAACAAGAAAAUGAGGAGCUUCAGAUGAGAGCAAGAGAACAAAAAGAAACGGAGGAUGGGAACCAUCAGGAAGCAAAAAAGAAUGAGCAAUUGGAGAAGGACAAAACAGAACUGGAAACUCCUCUUGUUCUUCCUGCCAGACGAUCACGGCGUUGUUCAAGCUCCUCUAUGAACUCGGAACAAUCUGUAUCUUCACAACAGGAGCCAUCCAUCCAGAGAGGCCGAGGGCGGGGCAGGGGACGGGGACGGGGCCGGGGCCGAGGGAGAGAGACAACUAAUGAGCAACCAAUCAGUGCUAGAAAGUCUAGCCAGAGAGGACUAGCUAUUGGAGUCGAAGACAAAGAGCAGGACCCCAAUUCAACAACCCGUUCCCGAUCCCGCUCCAGUUCUAGAAGUUCUGAGAGGUCUGCUAAUAGUGUCAUAACGUCAAACCAAGGGACGAGAGGAAGAGGCAGAGGCAGGAAGAGUGUGAAGCUACAAGAACCGCAGGAAGUUUCCCAAGCUAAAACUUCUGGGAAAGGCAGGGGGAGAGGAGGCAGGCAUUCUGGUGUGGAGAAUGUAAAUGUCGGAAUGAGCAAUGAGCUUGAACAAGAUGCAGAGAUGGUAAAUGACACUUCUGUACCCCAAAGCAACAGCAGAGGUCGCAAGAGAGCAGCCAACACUAGCACAUCCACAGAAGAGGCUCCGUCGCCCACACCCAAGACUCCAAGGCGCUCUGUUUCCAGUCAGGCGUACAAGGUGUUAUUCACUGGGCUGACGGAUGAAGAUGGAGAGAGAGUGGUCUCUCAAUUGGGUGGAAGUCUGGCGAGAGGGGUGAACGAUAUGACUCACCUGGUGACUGAUAAAGCAAGACGCACUGUCAAGUUUUUGUGCGCUGUUGCCAGAGGGGUGCCAAUCGUGAAUCCUGAUUGGCUAAAGAAGUGUGGAAAAGUUGGCCAUUUCCUUUCUACUGAUGAAUACAUAUUGAAAGACGUCGAGCAAGAGAAGAAGUUUAGUUUCAGCCUACAGAAGACACUGCAAACCGCUCAAAGUCAACCUCUUUUAAAGGGUUAUGAGAUUCACGUAACCCCAUCUGUGAUGCCAGAACCAUCUCAAAUGAAAGAAAUCAUCACCUGCUGCGGUGCACGUUUCCUCCCUAAAAUGCCUUCUGCUCAGAAGAAGAACACUGUGGUGGUGUCAUGUGAACAGGACAGGGCGCUUUGUCAGAAGGCAGUGAGUAUGUCAUUGCCCGUGGUCAGCACAGAGUUCCUAUUGACUGGCAUUCUGCAGCAGAGAGUUGACCUGCAGGCCUAUUCUCUCACUUCCUCUCUCAACACAUCCAAUCAGCCUGCAGCCCCCAAAGCUGCUGCCAGGGGCUGUAGGAAGUAGUGACAAUGACAGAAAAGGUCUUUCCUUGUAAUACAUUUGUGCAGAAGACAGAAUCUGAUUUAUGCACGGACGUUUAAGAUCAGAUUGCACAAGAUGAAAAUGUGACAUAACAUCCCAGUUUUAUUAAGACCGAAAUUAAUUAGAUGAGAUGCUGCUAGGCUUGUAACCACACACCCACCGAUUCCUGUGAAUGUGAGAGUGUGAGGUGGCUGUCGAUGAAUGAUGAGUUUGUUAGUGAAGGGAGAAUGAGCUUCUCUAAUUUUUUAAUGUAAUAUUUCAAUAAACACUUUCAAAGCCAAAA